CCCAACACUACACCACAACCAUAUUGGUACUGGAGUUUUUCACAGACAUUGGAAAUUGUCUGCAAGCUAGGUAUAUUUAUAUUUUUCACCUUUAAUGGGGGUAAAGAACCUCUCUUUCCUAAAAAUGAGAAAGCAUAACACACAAGUUUAUAUAAAGAAAACUUUAUCUUAAGGAAAAGAAGAUACCAAAACCUUUACCACCAAUUAUAACCAAGCACCUCAACACAUGCACUUACCUUUCUCAUUAUACUUUUAAAAUAUCCUAUCACUAUCUUGAGAGGAAAAAGAAAAAAAAGAAAAAAGCUCUUUGGACUUGUUCUAAUGUUGUUACUCUAUCAUAAUGUCCUAGAGAUUUUAUCCCAAGAUCAAUUGAUGAUAUUUCUUUAAUUGGAGAUUCAAUAUCAUCGAUUAUGAAGAGCGGAUUGUCAUCGAUUAUGAAGAGCGAAUUGUCAUAUCAGCAACGAGAGUAAUAACAAAAGAUAGUUCAUAGACCAAAGCGAACAUAUAUAGGUACUUUUUCACCUCCUCCUCCUCAUCCUCAUCCUCGUAAUACGUUCUACCAAUGACAAAGCCCGUUUUAGGCCCGGAACGACGCACGAACCCUUUAAUAUGGUGUGUAGCCAUCCUUUGCACCUUCAUAACCCUAGUCGUGAUCGUCGCCGGCCUCAUCGUCUUCAUCGGAUACAUGAUCGUUAGGCCAAAAGUUCCACAAAUGAGUGUGACAAGUGCAAAUGUGGACAUGUUUGCCUAUGACAUGUCUAAUCUCCUAUCAAUCAAGGUCUCAAUUGUGAUCAAUGCUGAAAAUGACAAUGCAAAAGCCCAUGCAACUUUCUAUGAGUCAAUUUAUACACUAACUUUCCAUGGUCUUAAAGUUGCCUAUUUAAGAGCUGACCCUUUUGAUGUACCCAAAAAUAGCUCAAUCCCAUUGUACUAUCCUGUGGAGUCAGCGUCGAUCGCGUUGACUCCAGAGGAAGGUCAACUUGCUGAGGUGUCAUUGAGUCAAAAACUAGUUGUUCUUGAUCUUAUAGGUAGUUCAAGAACUAGAUGGAGAUUAGGGUUAAUUGGUUCUGUUAAGUUCAAAUUGCACCUUAUUUGUAAGCUUAAGUUACCAUUAGAUGGAAGUACUAUUUACCCUAAAUGUAGCACAAAAUCUAGAUAACUUGUGUUCAAUUACUAAUAUGUUUUAAGUUAUAUAUGUCGUCAGUGUCAAUUCUUGACUAGAUAUUAUUAUGGAGAAAAUAAUAUGCUUCGUCAUGUUUUCCUAUUUUUAGUGUUAAGUGUUAACAGUGAGGUACUUUUGUA